UGGUUUAGCUACUAGCCUCGAAUAGAGGCCGCUUGAAACUUUUGAAGAGGUUGCACCAUAUCCAUAUGAUCCAUAGAUAAAAGUGCACAAUGCUACACCAUGAAGUGCUGAUGGCUCUGGCUGGUUAUCCUGGUAAUUUGCUCAUGUUGUCCAAAGACUCAGGGGAACUUGAGAUUGUUCCAGGGCUGCCAUUCAUUCAUCCCAGUGAGAGAGAGCUACUGAACAGAAUAUGCCGACUUGGCACAUACUACAUGCACCUCAAAGAAUUUAUAUCGGAACAGAACAAAGCAAUUUUCCGUCUUGUGUCCCCUGUCUCCAGGGACUCUGGCUGUCUGCUUUACUUGAAAUCUUUGGCGUUUGGUUUGGACAGUAUGCUCAAUGAGUAUCGGCAACAUCUGGUCAAGCAGGAGCAAAAAUUCGUACGUGAGCCCCACCUACCCCUGUCCCACCUGACCUCCUCACUAGAGCGUUAUCAGACCCUUCUUCCAUCACUGGACGAUGCUGUCAACCACAUCGUGCAGGGCAAGCUAAGGGGGGGGCAGAUAUUGAGUUACUUGCACAACUGCUGCUCUAGUGGAGUGCCAGAUAUUCAGAAAGCUUAUGAGAGGAUCCUAGCUAGUUGUCAUGGAGUCUUUUACAAGCAGCUGUCAGCAUGGAUGCUACAUGGACUUCUCCCAGAGAAUGAAGAGUUUUUCAUAGUGCCUACCUCACAGAUGAAAGAGGACACUGCUGGCAGUUCAGAAGAUGAAGUGGAAUCUCUCACUAGAGACAAGAGGAAGAGUGGGGAUGCAAAGAAAGCCGUGGGACUAGGGGAUUCCAAUAGUCUAUACACCAUCUGUCAUUCUUUGGUGCCUUCCUAUCUGCCCAUGAGGGUUGUUGAAAAGAUCCUGUUUGUGGGCGAGGCUGUUCGGAUAUUCCAAAUGAGAGCUCAUGGCAAACGUGAUCUGUCUACCCUGUUAACUGUUGCAGGUUCUGAGUUGAGGUCUGACCAGCUCCGGUUCAGCCAGCUGUUUGCUGACUUACGGAGGGAGCCAGUGUUCAAACUGAGGGACUUCGAGAGUGCUGUGGAUAGGAUACGAGACAGUGUGGCUGAGCGACUCUGGAAACUGUUGGUAGAGGACUCGGGUCUUGUGGCACACCUCCAGGUUAUCAAGGAUUUCUUUCUACUGGGACGAGGAGAACUGUUCUUGACAUUCUUCGAUCUUGCUCAUUCGUUCCUCAAGUCUCCACCCACACCCACCACCAGUCAUGAUGUGAAUGUGGCAUUUCAGCAGGCCAUGCUGAAGGUGAACAUAGAAAAAGAGGAGCUGAUGAAGCAGUUUCAACUCACCCUGCCUCAGACUAGAGCCCCGAGGGGAGAUGGUGGGCGUGGUGAGGGUGUGAAAGAGGCGUGGCAACUCCUCGGAAUGUCCCACACUGUAGAAUGGCCCCUGCACAUUCUCUUUACACCACUGAUACUAGAAAAAUACAACACUAUAUUCCAGUUCCUGUUGCUGCUACGACGUACUCAAAUCAGACUGCAGCAGAGCUGGACCGUCUUUAUGCAGCACCGGGAGAGGGUGGACGAGUUGAGGCGGGUCAGUGAACUCAGGACACACAUGGGCUUCCUCGUUGAUAGCCUCCUGUACUAUGUGCAGGUGGAUGUGCUAGAGUCUCAGUUCUCCGUGCUAUUGGAAAAGGUUAACUCCACCCACGACUUCGAGUCUAUUAAACAUGCUCACGAGAGCUUCGUCACUGCCAUUCAGUCACAGCUCUUCUUGACACAGCCAACAGUGCACCAGUGCGUACUGGAGAUCACUGGCCUUUGUAACUCAUUCAACUCAGUCAUCGAAGGCAGGAGUGACCUCUCUCUCACACCCCAAGACAAAGAGAAGAUGGAUCGCAUUACAAAAGACUUCAACCGACAAGCCUCUUAUUUCUUCCGUAUUGUAUCGAGCGUGCACAGUCACCAGUCCUCCUCUCACCUGGCCCAGCUGCUGCUAAGAGUCGACUACAACAAAUACUUUAGCACAGCCAUGGCACAUCACACUUGACCUUAUAGGACAAACACUUAAAAAUAUUCAUUCCCUCACCAUUGUAUAAUUAUGCCACAUAAUCGGAAUUAUUGAUUUUGAA